AUGCACAUUGUUUUAUGCAAAGUCCAUCUGAUUGACCUGUCCAUAGCUGCUAACAGCCUGAAUUCAUUAGUGGAAAACGUGGCCUCGGAGUCAUUGAUUACUCAUGUAAGGGUCAACGCUUGCUGCCGUGUACUUAAAGACCGGCGGGCUCGAACGGCUUGCAAUCUUACCUUGUGCAAAAGAUCAGUAACUAGAUCGAUCAUCCCCUGGACUAGAAUGAACAGUGAUCAAACGACAGGUAUCCUUGGAACCAAAGACAACGUCCAGUCGUCUCUCCAUAAACUGGCAAGCAAGAGGGUUAUACUAGAGACCCAGCGAGAUAAGCUCUUACUUGAGGCGGAUGCCCUUGCGGAAAAAAUCGCCGGGGUGCGGGUCGAAUACGGAACACUCUACAAUGCCACAAUUCCCCCCAUUUCCUCCCUUCCUAACGAAACCCUUUGCAUCAUAUUUUUAGAAGCAGUCGACAAUCUCCAGUCGUCUGUAGACGACGAAUACUACCCCGGCAAACAGCGAGAUCGAAUAGUUCUUGCAAUAUCGCACGUCUGCAAGAAUUGGAGGGAUACUGCCAUUCGUCUCCCAAACCUCUGGACCACCUUCACAUUUGAUGACAAAGAUGAUUGGCGCACGGCCAGGGAUAGAUUCGACACAUACCUUCAUAGGGCUGGCCCGCUCCAUCUACUUGAGUUCAACUUUGAUUUCUCCUACCCUGGCGUGGUCAAGGUCGAUUCCGUCACUGAGGCGGGACGGGCGGCAUUGCUUAACGCCACAAUUCCCUAUGUUGAACGCUGGCGAAAAAUCAGCGUUGUGGUAUUGUCGGAGAGCAUCUUUGAAAAAUGGAUUAACCAAUUGACAUCAUUGGCCGCUCCCAACCUAGAGUGCUUUUGUCUCUCUCCAUAUGACUUCUUUCAAGAUGAUCUGCUGGAUGACAUCCAACCUGCCAUAUUCAAAAGAGGAGCUCCCAAACUCACUUCCGUUUAUGUGGAUGACAUCAACCCUCUCGUAUGCCUUCCGCCUCUCAACUCCAUCACCACUUUACAUUUCAAUUGUCCCCAUGUCUUUCGAGGGUGGUUCACUUGGAACGCUUUCCUCAAGAUUGCGGCCAUUCCCUCUCUAACACAUCUUUCGAUCCUCGGGUACACGAUCGGCUCAAAUUGGGAUCCCCAUGUGACUUACCCCAUUGCUAUGUCCAAUUUAGAAGAGCUUGAGCUUGGCCGUGACCAAGAAUUUAUAGAUUCUCUCCUGACAAAACUCGUCGCGCCUUCCCUGAACACCCUCACCCUCCAUCACGCGAACUUCACUUUAUUUCCUCGAGAUCCAGAACCCUUUCCAACCUUGAGGAACCUAUCGUUGAACAAUUUCCCCCUCGAAUCUGACCUAGAGUCUUUCCAAUGCUUUGUUCACAAAACCUCGCUUGUAGAACAACUAUCGAUCAGUUACAAGGAAGGAUCCAUCGCCCCACCAUUUGAACUCCCGUCAACGGCGGUAAACGAGCAUUUAUGGCCAAAACUACAUCAUGUAGCCUUCCAGCUUCGGGAAUGGCGGCACUUUGAACCCUACCGUGACUUAAUUCGGUCUAGUAACGCGGCCGGAUUGCCCAUAGAUGCGAUAUCAUUGCCUUCUUCUACGUUGGAAGCAUGGGAAGCAGAGGACCACAGCGAAAUGUUAGACAUUGGGUGCAAGAUCAUCGCUACUUUUUGA